AUGCAUUUAGAAAAUUUCACGACUAUAGUUUUGUACAUCAUAACGGCAGGGUGCGACGCUGGAACAGUCGAACAUUUGCUCAAAAUAAUUGACCAAGAAACGAAGAGAUCGUACAACGUUCCACUUCCGACAAACGCCUCCAAAUUUGUGCCGCAUUCCAAUAUUUAUACCGAUUAUGGCACGUUCGAUCAUAUUAUAGUGGGCUGCGGAACAUCUGGAUCUGUUGUAGCGAGCAGGUUGAGUGAAGACAAAUUUCGAAAAGUUUUGGUUUUGGAGGCUGGUGGAAAUACAACAGAAUUUUCAGAUAUUCCCGGAAUGAUGGCCUACCUCUCGGGCUUGGAGCUUAAUUGGAAUUACAAAAGUGUGCCGAACGAUGAAGUAUCUUUAGCCAUGGUAAACAGAAGUAGUGCUAUUCCUAGAGGCAAAGUGCUCGGAGGAAGCGGCACCAUAAACGGUCUCGUUCAUACCAGAGGAAAUAAACGGGAUUACGAUAACUGGGCGCGUCAGGGUAACGUUGGUUGGUCCUAUCGUGACCUUUUGCCGUACUUCAAAAGGUCGGAACACUUCGUCUGCGAAGAUUCACCUUACCGUGGAAAGGGCGGGUACCUGAACGUGGUACCUUAUAAUGCGCGUAACUUACAGCAAGAAAUUUUUUUUGAGGCCAAUAAGGAAUUGGGCAGAGAGAAGAUUGAUUACAACGCUGAAAGUCAAAUAGGUUACGGUAAUGCGCAACUAAACACACUUAACGGACAAAGACAUAGCUCUUUUAACGCAUUUCUGAAGCCAGUUUUAGACAGGUCUAACCUUAGAGUAUUGACUGACAGCUUUGUAAUCAAACUCUUGGUCAAACAAAAAAGAGCUUACGGAGUUCUUUUUAGUCAAAACGGAAGAUUGUACGUAGCCAAAUCACGGGGAGAUGUUGUGCUAUCGGCUGGGACGUUUAAUUCUCCCCAGAUACUGAUGUUGUCAGGUAUAGGCCCAGAGGAACACCUGCAAGAAAUGGGUAUACACGUUGUUGAAAACUUACCUGUAGGAGACAACCUAGAGGAUCAUCCCGCGUUCACACAUUUCCAGUUUCUAACAAAUUAUACACAGCCCAAACGCAGCUUGGAAGAUUUGGUAAAAGGUUACGUGUCCGGUGACGGUUCUUUAACCAAUCCUCUGAGUGUGUAUGGUAUGGCUUUCCUAUCGACCAAAGCUUCUAGUAUACCCGACUAUCCCGAUAUUGAAGUAAUCUUAUCAAUUUUUCCGGGCAGAGAAACCGAAAAGCCAGACAACUUUUGGAAUCUGGAUAAGGAAACGCUUAAGAUAUUGGGCACAAACAGUGAUUCUGCGAAUACGUUGACCUUUUUUGUAUUCUGCUUGCACGCGAGGUCGAGGGGUUUGCUUCGAUUAACGUCAGCAAAUCCUUUUCAUUAUCCCACUAUUCGCUUGAAUCUACUUUCGGACGCGGGAAAUGAAGAUAUAGAGACUUUGUAUCAAGGCAUCCAAAUGGUGAUGGAGAUGACGCGCACAAACUCAUUCCGAAAAAUCGACACCAAACUGAAGGACAUCACACUCCCCGCUUGUAGCCAUCUUGAGUAUCUCUCUCGUGACUAUUGGUAUUGUCAAAUUCGCCAUAUGACGACUAGCUUGUUUCAUCCCACUGGUACGUGCCGAAUGGGACCACAUCCUAAAAUGGGAGCGGUUGUUGAUCCAGAAUUAAAAGUUUUCGGGGUGCGUAAUUUGAGAGUCGCCGAUGCGAGCAUCAUGCCAUCUGCUAUUUCUGGCCAUCCUAAUGCUCCUACCAUAAUGAUUGCGGAGAAAGCGGCGAACUUAAUUAGAGGACUUUAA